AUGGGCAAGGAACUGAAGGAGAAGGCCUUGUUGAGUUGGGAGAUAGACAACUUCUCCCAAAGGAACAAUGUGAUGAUCUCGCCAACCUUCUCAAGCGGCGGCUGCAAAUGGUAUGCCAAGGUUUAUCCCAAGGGAUACCUUUUUCAUGAUCACUUGUCCGUGUUUCUGCACGUAGUGAAUCCUAAAUCAUUGAGACCUGGAUGGAAAAGGAGAGCUAGCUUUUGCUUUGCUUUGUUGAAUCAAUCCGGAAAAGAGCUCUACAGGUCACCUGACGAAUGGAGAUGCACCUUGUUCUGCGCUGAGUGCCAAAGCUGGGGUUUCGUUAGGACGUUGCCUCUUACGAAGCUCCAUGAAAAAGGAUUUCUGGAGAAGAACAAACUAACGGUUGAAGUCUACAUGAAAGUGGUUGAAGUUGUUCAUCAAGGCAAAUCAACUGCGAAUGAUGUGUUUGAUUGCAAUGGUUUCCAUGUCACUGCUUCUCAAUCUCCUUCGGUGGGAGCUAUUUUUGCAGACCACCCAGACUUUGCAUUACAUGUCAUAGCAAAGAACAAAGGGCUGAAAACAGCCUACAUGAAUCUCCUCCUUGGCCUCAUCAAGACUCUGAACAAGUCUCCAAAGAGCUUGUCUAGGACUGAAUUAAGCAAUGCUCAAAGCAAAUUGACCGAGCUGACGGAAGCAGGCUUCAACCUCGACUGGUUGGAGUCAAAGCUUGAGGAAAUUCACUCGGAGAGGAAGAAAGCACUUUCUGAUGGAUCUUGUGUCCAACAGUUCCAGCUCGAGGAACGGGUCAAGAAUCUGGAAUUGGCUUUGUCGGUUCAGAAGAUCAAAUCUGGUGCUAAAGUUUCUCCGUUUGAGUUGAUAGAUUUUCUUGUAAAGAGAUUCUUUCUCUCUUGCUUCUCAAUCUCGUAA